AGCCACUGACCAACCCACACCAGCAUACCAGCAGCAACACACUCUUUGUAUAUUACAUUUGCAGACCAGCUAAGGAGAGAGAGAGAGAGAGAGAGAGAGAGAGAGAGAGAGAGAGAGAGAGAAAGAGAGAAAGAGAGAAAGAGAAAGAGAAUGAAACAAAUGCAGAGCUCAAUUUACAGAGUAAACUAAAUGCUUGAUGGAUAUAAGUAGAGUAAGAUUAAGCACAGGAAAACAAGAAUACACAGAAUAGAAGUCUUUUUAAAAUAAGAUUCUAAAAAAGAUCGGACUUACACAGUCCAGUGUAAGUGGAUUUUUCUUUGAAUGGAAGCCAUUUAUCAGUGAGAGGAGUACGCGAGUUUGUUGUGCACAUCAUGGCAUGCUGCUGCUGUCCAGCUCCGUGUCUGAGAAAGUGCUUCUUGCUUUCAGAUAUAUCAACUCCUGAGCUCAAUACAUUAUGGGAAGAGCCCCCAUAUGUUCUAACAAGAACCAAUGAGCUCUUUCCAGGAAAUGAUGUCAUGGCCUCUGGAGAUGAGGAAGUGGAAACAGAGGCAGAGGUGGAGGGUGAGAGCAUUACUGGUGAGAGUUACUGGAAGAGGAAGGAAGCUCUCAGCACUGUCUCCUUGGCUGUAGGAGAUCACUUCUCUUCAGAUGUGAUACUGCUGUUCAGUGGGAGAAGGCGCUCCAAUUUGGAACCAGACAGCGUGCUUCAGGAAGCACUGCGCACUAGACUAAGGGUUGUAGAGAGCAACAGCCAAGAUGUAAUUCAGCUUUUUAAAGAUCUCUCUGCACGCUUGGUUUCAGUGCAUGCUGAAAAAGACUACUUUGUUAUUACAUUUAAGACUGUGGAGGAAAUCUGGAAGUUUUCUACAUACCUGGCUCUAGGAUAUGUGGCAAGAUGCUUGGAAAACUUCUUGUGUGACCAGUCUUUGUGGCUGGACCCUCUGUUGCUAAGUGAUGUAGAGAUUUGUGUGACGGUAGAUGAGGAACACCUUGCCACCCUUUAUCUGGGUCUCCUACUUCAAGAAGGUUCAUUCUUUGCUAAAGCUCUGGUUAACAGUGAGCAGUAUAUAGAGGAUGAAGACAAACUUAUCUACAAGAAGAAUGACCUUGUUAUUGUGAAGGAUAUUGGACAGCAGUCCAUGUGGGAGGGAACACUGCUGUCUACUGGUCAGCAUGGCCUAGUGCCUGUUAAAGCAAUGCAGCCUCUGCCCUACCCUUUUUAUCAGUGGUUUCUUAGGAAGUACCAUGGCAAUGCAGGAGGGUUUUCAUCCACUAAAGCCCAAUGUGACCAACCUAUAGUAACAGGAACCUACGUAGCAGUAGUAGACCAUUACUCAAUGGCUGAAGAUGAACUGCACUUCAGUCAAGGAGAUCUGAUAGAGGUUGAAGGCUUGCUUAUUAGAUCACUGAAUACAUUCAUUGGGAGACACACCUCGGGUGGACAAAUAGGAUUUGUUGACAUUGCUCAUGUGAGACCUGAAAAUGUCAAAUCACUCAGUGGACAAUUGGUCUUUCUGACUGAGGAGGAGACAGUGGCCCUCUCCCAGUUUAACCCCUGCGUUGAACAGUGCCACACUGGUUUAUUGGACAAACUCUUCUUCACUGACAUCAGCACUGUUUACAGAUUAGACAGACUUGAUGACUCUGAUUUCACCUAUAUCAAAAACCAACCAAAGCAAGAACAGAAAAACGCAGAAGAUGCCAGGAAGAGCAUUAUAAUGGAACACAGUCAUACACCAUCCUAUCACUCUUCUCCUCAACCUUCCUUUUAUGCUUCUCAAAGUUGCCUAGACAGGGAAAAUGAGCCAUUCUCCUUCAGCCUGGAGGACACUUUCAAAGAAAUGGACAAGUAUCAGGAAGAUCCCCCCUUUAUGGAUGAAGGCAUGUGGGACAAUGAAGAAGCUGAGAUUGUUGAUCCCAUCUUAACCCUCCUCAACCUGGACCACUUCCAGGACUCUUUUCAUGCACUUUAUGACCUGUCCUACUCCUUCUUGGAGACAGUUUUUGGUGGUCUUCCAGUGGAUGAGGUGCUUCUGCAUCUAGAGAGCUUGCGGGAAGGAGCAAAGAAAGGAAGGAUGGUGUGGGCCCAUCGGAGAGCCUGCUUCCUGUUGGGCAGGUUGUGUGCCAAAAAACUUAAGUUCUCACAGGCUCGAGUCUACUUUGAAGAGGCACUAAAUGUCCCUGUAGCUGGCUUUAAUGACAUACCUCUAUUGAUUGCCCUGUAUACCAAUCUUACAGCUGUGUACCUGAAGCAAAAGAUGACAGACAAACUGAUUCAUACAUUAGAGAAAGCGAGUGCCCUUAUACUGUGCCUACCAAUGCAUAACUUCUGCUCUCUUGACGAGUUUGAACUGCUCAAACCCAUUCUACGCAAAGCUAUUGUUGACAAUGAUAUGCACCUCGAGGCACGGGCUUGCUAUCUAAUCCUCUGUCUAUUUUUGCAAAACAAAAGGAUUGAGGAGGCCUUGCCUUUUGUGGAAAGACUUCAGUUCCUCACUCUAACGCUCUCAGCAGAAGAAGGACGGCCUAUAAGGCCAGUUGAUCUCAAUUGGAUACUGUGCAGGCUCUACCACAAAAAGUAUCUGCCGUAUCUUGCGUUAGCCUCUCUCAGUCUAGAUUCAGGUCAAGGUCAUUCUUUGGAUACUGCUUUUCAAAAGAUUGAACUUUUCCUAAAAAACUCAGUCAGACUGAAUCCUUGUUGGAAGGAUGGCUCUGCUUUGCUUCCAGCUCAGAUGGUGGUUUACCUUCAGCAGGCACUGUCAAUAGCCAACUGUGAAGAACACCUGAAGACCCAGAGAGACCUUUGUCUAUGUUUGGCCAGUGUCUACCAGCAGUAUGGAUCUUUGGAAAAAGCAGUUCUCUGUGCACAACAAGCAGUGCAGGCAGGAAGAUGCAUUAAUGAGGAGGAGUGCUUUGAGGCAUCAGUGCUGCUGGCCUGGCUCUUAGUGAUUACAGAGGAACCAGACAGAGCCCAAUCUACUUUGCAACCUCUCCUUAACUCUCUGAAUAGUACAGCCAGGUCAGCACAGCAUGGAGUGGUCCACAAUCUACUUGCACUAUGUCUUCGCAAACAGGGGAAGAUAACAGAAGCAGCAAAGUACUUUCACUGUGCUCUCAAGAUUUCACAGGAUAAUGGGAACAAGCAUAAUGAAGCUCUGGCUCUGGCUAACCUAGGGUGCCUAGCCUUAUCAGUUGGGGCUCCAGGACUGGCAGAGAGUUUUUUGCUCAGAUCUCUGUACCUUUUCCAGUUUCUCUCUGAGAGCCCCUCAGAUGAAGAGCAUGUUCAGACUCUGCUGUGGCUAGGUAGAAGCUACAAAGAUAGGGGAGAAUGUCAAAAGGUUAGGCUGUCCUAUGAAAUGGGUCUUCUGAUUGCCAUUAGUGCCAAGAACUUGCACAGUCAGAUGGUUGUAUCAAAGGUGCUCAGUCGCCUUUAUGCCGACUUAAUGUUAUAUGGGCAAUGUAUAAUUUACUAUGAACACUGUGUGGGGCUCGCCAGGGAACUGAAGGAUAAACGUCUGGAAGGAGAGUACCUGGAGAUUCUCAGUAAUCUCUACUUAUCACUUAACACUGAAAAGUCCUCACUGAAGUCUCUGGACUACACAAAGCAAAGUCUAAGGAUUUCCAUAGACUUAGGAAAGAAACAGGAGGAGUCUGAGACCUGGCUGCAAGUGGGCCGUAUCUACUACUUGAUUGGGGAGGAUGAAUUGGCAGACAUGUAUCUUCAGGCAGCUGUAAAGACAGCUCUAAGGAUUAAUGAUCCAUGCUUUGCUAUGAACAUCUAUGAAGAGGCCGGAGAUGUCUUCUUCAAAGGACACAGAAACCGACUUGCUGCUAUUUCAUUUUUUAGAGAUGGGGGUCUGCCAUUUGCAAGAUAUCUUAACAAUGUGCAUUCAGAGUUCAGGCUUUUGUGUAAGCUCUCCGAAUUGUUGCUGAAGGAAGGUCAGCACCAGGAAGCCCUGCAGUACGCUACACUUUCAGUGCAAAUUAGCACUUCAACUGGUGUUCGCCUGAAUGAGAAGGUGUCCUACCAUCGCCUGGCCUCAAUCUACUUCACUCUGAAGCAGUAUGAGCUGGCAGAGAAUUACUAUUUGAAGGCACUUUCCCUCUCUCCCACUGCACUGGAGCAUGCAGAAGAGGCUCGCUACUAUGUUAAAGUUUACUGCAGACUAGCUGAUCUAACCCUCCACAAGAUAAAGGAUGCUUAUGAUGCCAUGGGAUAUUUCCAUUUAGCCCUGGCAGCAGCUCUGGAAGAUGGAGGGAGCAUUCAUUCCAGGUACAUAAUUUACAUGAAACUGGCAGAGAUCCAUGCUAACUACUUACCUGAUGUGAAGCUGAGUCAGACUUAUAUGGACAGCGCACGGAACUUAAAGAUGGAACUGGCAGGGCCCACAGACUCCGUUGAUGCAAAGGAUGACUAUAUGAACCAUGGUGCUGCAGAGUAUGCUAACGCUGAACCUAUCAGUUGUUCAAAUGAAGAGCCGAAGAACUUCAGAAGUAGAAGCAAUACUCUUGUAGGAUCCUAUGUGAGGGACAAAAGCCAUUCAAUAACUUCUAUAAAGGAAGCAGAGGCUGUUCCAGCUGAUUGCAUGUGUGGAGAGGAUAUGGACAUCUGUAACCCAGAUGGGACUAACAGUGGGCUUGGACAACCUACAAAUUCUGAAAUAAGGCACACAAAUCAAAGACUUCAUACCAGUCACACAGAUUCUGGCUUACUAUGUACAGAAUUUUGAUCAUCCCACUCUCACCCCAAGGCACUUUGUUAUUUAAAAAAUUUUAUUCAUCUAUAUACAUCUUGUUAAUAUACUUUACUUCUCUCCAAAUAUUGUGGAUAUGUUCAUAAUGCUUUUGACUUUUAUCAAGGUAACUUGUAUUAUAAUAUAUGUAAAUAUUUUAUUCAUUUUUGUAUGUAUACUUACUACUAUUGAAAUCAAAAUCUUUAAAGAAAUAUGUUUUUUUUCUACUAUAAAACUCACUUGAAGAUGACUGAUUAAAGUCUAGUCAAUCUUUAAUUCAAAGUUUUUUGCUUUCUAUUAUUGUACAACAUAUGAUUGAUGCCACACCAAAAUUGAUAAAAGUGUUCCUUCUUUGUUGAAAUAAAUAGUAAUAUCAUGGCCAAUUGCAGAUUUAGGAGAGUGCUGUGUUGGGCUACUUCUACACCUCCAUAUUUUCUGCCUCAAUUGAAAAAAACAUAAAAAUCUUUUUCUUCA